UAUAUUUUCAAUUACUCAGGACUGUUUUUUCUUUAAACUUUCUAUUUAGUACUAUUUAAAUACUGUAAUUUAUUUCCCCCCAAAAUGGAUCCUUCACUUAUUUAAUUCAAUGUAUUUUAAAUUAUUUAUAUAUUCUCUUAUUGCCCAUCUCAAAGUACAUGUGGGCAACACUAUAACAAUAUCAUGUCAAAUGGGAUCAGCAAAAUAUUGUCCAACGGCCCGCCAUUUGCCCCUUGACAGCAGGUUUGAGAACUGUCCUGUAUACACGUAAUAAAAACGUUUCAGAAAAAAAACAUAUUUGGUGCAUGAAAGGUUUAAUGAUGACGAGAUGUAAAGACCGAGAAUAUAUUACUGGGAGUUAAAGAGGGGGGGCCGGAAGUAGCAGGUUGGAGCCGCCGCGCACACACACAAAACUGGGAGGAGAUAAUCCCAGCCUUCUACGAGGCUUUAUUCCACCUCGCGUCCCGGUCGGACUACAACACAAUGGCUUUAACACAAGAGUCCGUUUUGUCUUUUUUACUGGAGCGGGGCGGAACGGUGAGGAACGCCGAGCUGCUCGCCCACUUCGGCGCUCUCAUCCACGGCGGCUCGCCCGCGGAGAAGCAACACAAUAGGGAGCUGUUCAAGAAGUUGGUCAACAGCGUGGCCGUGGUUCGUCAAACCGACGGGGUGAAAUACGUGGCGGUCAAAAAACGGUACCGGGACUUUGUGAAAGAUGUGCCUUGUUCCACCUCGACUGUUUCUUGCGCAUCGCCCAAUCCAAUACAGGAUGCUCAAAUCGGUAAUCCAGACAUGGAGAAUGAGAGGAAUGCGCGCUACCUGUCGCACAUGAACUUGCAAAGAAGCAGCUCUGAGACAACUCUGAAAGUCUUGAACAUUUGUGGAGAUCACGCGGGCAGUCGAUCAUCAGAAGCUGUGUUUGCUGUCAUAGCAGUCACUUCUCCUAAUCAAAUGUGUGCACUUCAAGAGAUACCAAAAUCGACAUCACAACCUCAUUUCCCAUCUUGCAAUGGAGCCAAAGCCCUGCAAAUAUGCAGCAACACUGACCUGAAGAAGAGUCAAAGGCAGGCCGAUGAAGCCGAGUGCUGUGGUCCGGUGCCAUUGGAACCUCUGACCCAUGAAUGGCUGGUAAAGUGCGCCUCUGGGCUGUGGGGGCACGUCCACGCCAUGCUCUUGCAGGAUGCCCGCUUGGCCCAGAAGAAGGAUUUCAUCUCAGGCUUUACAGCGCUGCAUUGGGCUGCCAAAGAUGGAAACGGCGAGAUGGUCCACAAGCUGAUGGACGUCGCCCAUAGUAGAGGGACACACGUUAAUGUCAACAGCAAAACCCACGGGGGCUACACGCCUCUUCACAUCGCCGCCAUACACGGCCACGCGGAGGUCAUGCUUCUUCUGGUGCGACAGUAUGGAGCCAGAGUCAAUGAGAGGGACAAUGACGGCAAGAAGGCCUGCCACUACCUGGGAAUGGGGGUGUCAGAGGAGGUCAGGGCUCUUGUGGGAGGUGUGCAGCUGUCUAAAUACUGGGACAAGACAGAUGAUGAGGAUUACCGGGAGCAGCCGAAAGCUCUCAACACUAUCAGUAAGCUGUUUCAGCCUCACAGAAAGCAGAAGCACGCAACAAGACUUAUUCAGGACUUUUGAUAAUCAUUUCUUGUGUGUUUUAUCUUAACAAGAAAUUGGAUGUGGCUUCUCUGUUUUCUUUCGGACAAAUUUGGCAUUGUCGAAUGAGUUGUUACUAAUGUGGCAAAAUUGUUCUAGCACUACUAGUACCUUUAUAAAAUGAUAUCAAUUUGACAUCUACAGUGCAGGUGUGGUUCCAGACUAUUACCUUUAAAAAAAUACGGUAAAAAAAUAUGAAGUAAUGGGAUAGUGCUUCAGUAACUGUAAAUUUUAUAGUAGAUUAUACAGGGUGUCCAUAAAGUCUCUUUACCAUUUCAAAAAUGUAUUAAAAUUGCAAUUGAUUAGAUAUAUUUUAUUCAGAUUUGUUCUAAUGUAUUCAGCGUUUAUUGAAGUUUUUUUAAUCUCUUUUAAUACACUUCUACAUGGGCACCAUUGGUUGCACGAAGCACAUCAAGACGGUACUUGAUUCCUUGCCAUGUUCGCUGUAACAUAGCCUCAUAAAUUGUGGCAAUGGCAUCAGUAACCCUUCGCUUAAGGCAGUACUUCUCAAAUAGUGGAGCGAGCUCGCCCAGGGGGGUGCAGAGUGAUGCUGUAGGUGGUGUGUAUGACCUUGGGGAACAUACUUUUUUGCCGUACUAGAAUAAAGUGUAAUUUCACAUCCACUCAGUGGGUGGCAGUGCCACUCUCAUUUUCGGCGUGUGCGCAGUAUUUUUGAGCCAAACAAGCGCACACAGCAAAGCGCAUCGGAGAUUUGAAAAGCUAAGACAAGGAAAUAUGACGAAGCGUAUGCAACAUUUGGCUUUGACUUUUAGUACAAUGGGAGACGAGGAAAGACCAGUCUGUUUACUUUGUCUAAAAAUGUCUGCAACGGACAGCAGGAUUUUUUUUUUUUUUUGGGCGAAAACGUGCCAAAUAUUGCCAACAAUCCGUGUUACCUAAGCAAACCAGCAAGCACUGUCAGCAUCAUAUAAGGUGGCAUACCUAGUUGCUCAGUGCAAAAUAACCCCACACCAUAGCAAAGGAGCUGAUACUGCCUGCAGCGAAAAUAAAAACUGUCCCUCCGUCCAAUGACACUGUCGUUUUUGUUCUAUUAAUUUUUGUUUUUUUCUGUCUAAUUGUUUGGCAUUUUAUCCUUAUGAGUUAAUGUUGCUGAUCAAUUUGAAUUUAUUAUUAUUUAUUUAUUUUAAUCAUUUUUAAUUUUCAGUAUGCAACAGUCAAACUAUCUAACUUGACUGUAUUUUUACAGUAUGGAUGUUUUUUAUUUUUACACUUUAUUGAAAGUUGAUCUAUAUUACUUUUUUCUUUUAAUAUUAAAAAGAACACAGUUAUGCAGAGGUGUACUUAUAAAAAUAAGAAUUUUAUAUACAAAUGAUACUACAGUAUAUUUAUACUGGCGGCAGAGAGUUGGGGGGGGCGCAGAACGUUUACAUCUUGAAGUGGGGGGCAUAACAGAAAAUAAAUGAGAAGCACUGGUUUAAGGUCUGUAAUGUCCCUUAUCUUUGUUCGAUACACGAUAUCUUUAACAUAGCCCCACAGAAAGAAGUCCAGGGUAGUGAUAUCUGGUGAACGUGGCGGCCAAGGAAUUGGCUCAUACCUUCCAAUCCAUCGGGCUGGAAAUGUUUGAUUGAGGAACCCACAAACAUGCAGCCCUCAAUGUGGGGGUGCACCAUCUUGCUGAAAAAGAUGGUUGGUUGAAAGUCAUUCAAUUGUGGUGCCACAUAUUCAGUUAAAAGGUCAAGGUAAACAUUUGCAGAGGAGUCAUUUGUUCUUCGUGCAACUAAUGGCGCCCAUGUAGAAGUGAUUAAAAGAGGUAAAAAAAAAAAAAAAACUUCAAUAAACACUGAAUUAAAUAUAACAAAUCUGAAUAGAAUAUCUAAUCAGUUGCAUUUUUAAUACAUUUUUGAAAUGGUAAAGAGACUUUAUGGACACCCUGUACAACUGAAAGUUAUGGUGAAAAAACUUGGAUUUAUACUUUGUAGAAAAAAAAAAAGUUCCUUUCACGGUAGUUUGUUGUUUAUUUAAUAGUAAACUUUUUAUGGUUUUCCCAUUUGUUAACAGUAAAAUUCUGUCAAAACAGCUAAUUUUAAUUCAUUUUAACCUUUUUUUUUUAAACAGUCUAGCACUUCAUUAGUACUACAUGUCGUCUGCAGUUAUGAGCUUCUGUACCUCACUUGUAAGUGUUGCAUUGAUAUAUCGAUACUAGCAUUGGUAUCAGUACCGAUUUGGCAAAAAAAUUAUGUCAUGGGUAUUAAGAAAAAAAUGUACUUGUAAAUAUGUACUUUUUGUCAUCUAGUUUGCCAAAUAUUGGUUACCUUACCCAAGAUGGCCGCCAGCUACACUGUAA